CCGGGCCCGCCCACUUCCGGCCCUCGCGCGGGAGUGCCUCCGGCCGCCGCCCGCGGAGCCGUCCCGGCCGCAUCCCCUCUCCCUUCGGCCCAGGGUCCCGCGGCCGCUUGCCCCGCACUGACUCGUCGCGCGACACGUCGUGGGACACCCCUGUGAGAGGCUCGCUCGCGCCCGCGUCACUGAGGCCGCCGGCUUGGCCCCGCCCCUCCCCGUCGCGCCGCCUCCGGCCCGCGCCCCGCGUCCCGAGCCCUUCCCGGCCCCCGGCUCCCUCCGCCGACGCGCUGCUCCGGUCGCGGCGAGACCGCCGCCCCGCCCGCCCUCGGCUCGCUUCGCCCCGCUCCCGCCGGAACCAUGAGCUCUGAGGAGGCGCGGCACCUGCUCUUUCAGUCUCACAUGGCAACAAAAUCUUGUAUGUCCUCCCAAGUAUCUGAUGAUGAACAGAGAAAAAGAGAAAAUAUUCGUUCUUUAACUAUGUCUGGCCAUGUUGGUUUUGAGAGUUUGCCUGAUCAGUUGGUCAACAGAUCUAUUCAGCAAGGCUUCUGUUUUAAUAUUCUCUGUGUUGGGGAGACUGGAAUUGGAAAAUCAACAUUGAUUGAUACAUUGUUUAAUACUAAUUUUGAAGACCAUGAAUCCUCACAUUUUUGCCCACAUGUUAGACUUAAAGCUCAGACAUAUGAACUUCAAGAAAGUAAUGUUCGAUUGAAAUUGACCAUUGUGAAUACAGUGGGAUUUGGUGACCAAAUAAACAAAGAAGAGAGCUACCAACCAAUAGUUGACUACAUAGAUGCUCAGUUUGAGGCCUAUCUCCAAGAAGAACUGAAGAUCAAGCGUUCUCUCUUUAACUACCACGAUUCUCGUGUCCAUGCAUGCCUCUACUUCAUCUCUCCAACAGGCCACUCUCUGAAGACACUAGACCUCUUAGCCAUGAAGAGCCUUGACAGCAAGGUGAACAUUAUACCAGUGAUUGCCAAAGCAGAUGCAAUUUCUAAAACUGAAUUACAGAAGUUUAAGAUCAAGCUUAUGAGUGAAUUGGUCAGCAAUGGUGUCCAGAUAUACCAAUUCCCGACAGAUGAUGAAACUGUUGCUAAAAUCAAUGCUUCAAUGAAUGGACAUUUGCCAUUUGCUGUUGUAGGAAGUAUGGAUGAGGUAAAAGUUGGAAAUAAGCUGGUCAAAGCUCGCCAGUACCCUUGGGGUGUUGUACAAGUGGAAAAUGAAAACCACUGUGACUUUGUAAAGCUUCGGGAAAUGCUCAUUUGUACAAACAUGGAGGAUCUGCGAGAACAGACCCAUACAAGGCACUAUGAACUGUACAGGCGUUGCAAACUGGAGGAAAUGGGCUUUACUGAUGUGGGCCCAGAGAAUAAGCCUCUCAGUCUUCAAGAGACCUAUGAAGCCAAAAGACACGAAUUUUAUGGGGAACGUCAGAGGAAGGAAGAAGAAAUGAAGCAGAUGUUUGUACAGCGGGUGAAGGAGAAAGAAGCCAUACUAAAAGAAGCUGAAAGAGAGCUGCAAGCCAAAUUCGAGCACCUCAAAAGAGUUCACCAAGAAGAGAGAAUGAAGCUGGAGGAGAAGAGAAGACUUUUGGAAGAAGAAAUAAUCUCUUUCUCGAAGAAGAAAGCUACCUCCGAGAUAUACCAGAACCAGACCUUUAUGGGCAGCAACCUGAAGAAGGACAAGGACCGUAAGAAGGAACCAGGCUAUCGAUGUGAACUCCUGUGCUUUGAUGUCAGAGCUUAUGAAACCAAUGGUGGACGCAAUGAUGCAGAGGAAGGUAGAGAGGGUCCCAGUACAAUGGGGCGGCAUGAGUAGCAUUUGGAUGAUAUUCUCAAGGCUUAUAGGUUGGGCUCCAAUUUUAUGUAAAACAAAGGUUCAAGAUCACAGAAGGUCAUCACAAGCAAAAGUUAUUAAAAAGUUAGAAAUA